AUGCCUGUUUCAAAAGAAAAAGAAACAAAAAAACUUGUAACAGAGAUAGCAUUUCGAGUAGCAUCUGUAAUAUUGAUGACGAGCAUAAUUAUCUUUCUGGCAGUUCCAAAAAUCAAAAAAAUAGUGCAACACCAAGACAAAUUAACCUCAAUAAAUAUCGUGAACAAGACCAUCGAAGGAAUUCCAAUACCGAAUGCGUUCGUAUGUGGGGCGCUCAUCGACCACAUCACCGUAGAGAAAGUGCCAUUAGGUAAAAAAGCGAUAAUGGUUGAAGAAUAUUUAUGGCAAACAGAUGAGACGAUACUUAAAGCUGGUGGUGAUUUGACGGAAGACACUCAAAAUGACCCAUGUUUUAUUUUUCAACCUAAUGGAAUAUUCAAGUUCAAGCUGACGAACGAUUCAGAUUCCAUUGAUUAUAUUUCAAUUAACGCGAUUUCAAACCAAAAUGUUUCAAGUGGCUCUGCGAUUAUCGGGGCAGUGUUCGGAUUAUGGAAUGCCGAACGCGAUAUUAGCGUCAUAAAGCCAUUUGCCGCCCGUACUGCAACGAUUAAUCAUUUUACAUUUGCAUCGACUAUUCGAAUUGACAUGGAUAAUACUGUGCAUCAGGAUUUCACAAUCAAUAAACAAAAUACACUUCAAAUUGAGAAAUUUGAAAAUGAAACGAUUGCUAUAAAAUUUGAUUAUUCCCCGGAUUCUUAUAUGGUGACUGAAUAUAGUGAAAAACAGCCAUACGGAUGGCUAAAUUUGGUUGCUGAAAUCGGAGGUUAUCUUACAUACGUAACAGGAACUUGGAUAUUUUUAUUCGGACGAGGAAAAUAUAAAUCUUGGGGCUUUGUUCAACGCUUUUUAUUAAAAAAUUCUCCAAACGCAAAAAAGCCUCCGUUAAUGAAAAAAGAAGAAUUCAAUAAAGCAAGACUAUCAUCGUCUUCGACUCAUCCCUUAGAUUCCGAAUAUCAUUUUAGAACAUCAGCAUCAGGAGAUAUAUAUUUUUCGGCGGCCGAGAUACUACGAGAAGUAGAUUUUCGAAUUAACGAAAAAUUUUGGUUUUUAGAGCAAACGCUAAGUCGUCAUUACUUGGCAGGUUUCCGAUUACGAGAGAUUGUUAAAGAUAAUCACGAUAAUAAUAUCGAUAUUGAGCAACAAUUUCAAACGAUCUCACCACCGCCUCCGAUUGUAUUAAAUUCAAAUAGUGCCACAUAUUUGCGAGCGUAA